GGAGUUACAGAUGAUUGUGAGACAUCCAAUCUGCUGCUGUUUUGACUAUUCCAUCAUUCCCAAUUGAAGCUAACCGUGACUGGUUCCACAUGAGAGAGCAAAAGAGUGAAUCAUGCAUAAGGACAAAAGGACUGAGUCUGUGAGCAAGACAGAAACCCCAGUGGAAAAUCCUGACCCAUGGAUUGAACGCUACUUCAAUCACAAAUGCUAUAUUACAUUCCUUACUGGCUGCUACAGUUGCCAUUGGCAAUAUACAGAGAGGGAAAAAACUGAACUUGGAUCCUGUUGCUGCACUCGGAAAGAGCAGUUUUUCCAUGUGUGCCUGGUCAUUGCAUUCAUCUUGUCUGUGAUUUUUCUGUUCGUAUGGUCAGAAACCUCCAAUGAAUACAACAGCUUUGACUGGGUUGUUUAUCUAGGGACAGGACGCUGGUUCUUCUGGUCUAUUAUUAUGCUGAGUACAGCUGGGAUCCUGACUGCCUAUGCUUCUUUGCUAUUGGUACUUGGAUUUUUGUUGCUUUGGGAAAGGAUUGAACUAUACAUGCAUAGGAGUCAUAAGGUCAUCAUUGUGUUAACAAUUCUGCUGUGCUCCUUUUUAAUAUAUAUUUUAAGCAAAUUCUGGAGAGACAAGUUGCUGAUUGCUGGGCUUUCACUGCAGAUUUAUGCUCCCUUCGUGCACCUGAUCCUCUUAACUGUGAUGAUAAUCAUUUCCUGGCCUCUAGCUGUCUGUUUUGCCCAUUUGGAAUCAGAAGUCAGAAUAAGAAGAUACAGGAUGGCAGAUUAUGAGAAUGAGAUCCUUGAGAGGUGUAAUAUAUUCACGAGGUUAAAAGCUCUACAAAUGGCUGCUGGAUUGCCCUUUUUUAUUAUCCUUUUAUGUCUCUAUUUGAUGCCACUGGGGAUUUAUUCUCCCUGCAUUCAGGAUAAGAACAAGUUAGGGCCUAAGCCUGGCUUCUUUGGACAUAGAGGUGCACCCAUGCUGGCGCCAGAGAAUACCAUGAUGUCCUUUGAGAAGGCUGUUGAACAUGAUGCCUUCGGGCUGGAAACAGAUGUAUAUUUAAGCUAUGAUCGUGUGCCUUUCCUCAUGCAUGACUAUGACCUGAGUAGAACAACCAAUAUCAGAGAAGUCCUGCCACAGUCCACGUACAACCACUCUGCCUACUUCAAUUGGACUUUCCUGUCAACUCUGAAUGCUGGCAAAUGGUUCUUAGAGCAUAAACCAUUUCUUAACAUGGAACCACUAUCAGAGGCUGAUAAAAGGAAAGCAGGCAACCAGAAGAUUCCACAGCUGGCUGAAUUAUUGAAACUUGCGAAAAAGAAACAGAAGUUUGUGAUAUUUGAUCUUUUUGGCCCUCCACCAAAACAUCCUCUCAGACACUCAUUUGUCCAAAGAGUAGUAAGAGUCAUCCUUGACUCUAAAAUUGAGCAACAUCUGAUUUUUUGGUUGCCAACUCAAGAAAGGAACUAUGUCAGGUUCAUGGCUCCUGGGUUUCAACAUGUGGGUCGUUUACUCUCCAUUGACCGCCUUAAAAAAGAAAAUAUUAGUAUAAUAAAUGUUGACUAUAAGAGGUUGUUCUACAAUGGGUUGAGAGAUUAUAAGGCAGCUAACAUCUAUAUCAACUUAUACCUUGUCAACGAGCCUUGGCUCUUCUCACUGGCCUGGUGCUCCAGAAUCAACUCCGUGACCACAGACAACAUUGCACUCCUGAGACGGAUUAAUCGCCCUCUUUUCUUCAUGACACCAAGAUACUACACAUUCAUGUGGGUUUUCAUGGUUAUUGUUUCUGCAUUUAUCAUUUGUGCCAUAUUUUAUUAUCACUGGCAGAAAGAGCUCAAAAGAGAAAAGUGGCUUGAAGCCACCACUGCUACUGCAGGUAAAGUCAAAGGCCUUCCACCUCUUUCUUCGUCAUCCUUCUCCAUUGCUUUCGAGGAGACAGAGGCUGCUCUUCAUACCUCUCAUAAGAGCUGA